AUGCCUCCCGUUGAAGCAACUAUUCCCUCCGGCUCCUUGGUCCUCGUGACCGGUGCCACAGGCUUCGUCGCUUCCCAUGUCACUCGCCAACUCCUGGAGCGCGGCUACAGAGUCCGAGGGACCGUUCGGGAGCUGGCUCAAGCUUCGUGGCUCAUUGACAACCAUUUCAAGUCGUAUUCGGAGAGCGGCCAUCUUGAACUCAUCGAGGUCCCUGAUCUUGUAGCCGAUGGCGCUUUCAAUGAAGCAGUCAAGGGAGUAUCGGCCAUUGCCCACAUCGCAACCAUCUCCAAUCUGGACCCCAACCCACACAACAUAAUUCCUCAAACAGUUGCUGGAGCGACAGGUAUUUUGAAGUCUGCCGCGAAUGAACCCUCACUUCGCCGAGUCGUGUUUACCAGCUCAAUCAUGGCCGCCGUCCUGCCAGUCGCCGGUAACGACACUAGGGUUGACGAUGACACCUGGAACGAGGCGGCCGUUGAAGCUGCUUGGGCCCCUCCACCGUAUGAGCCGGCCCGUACCCUGAUCACUUAUGCCGCCAGCAAAGUCGCUGCCGAGAGGGAAGUUUGGAGGUUUGUCGAGCAAGAAAAGCCUCACUACACGCUCAACGUCAUCUGCCCCUCAGGUAUUAUCGGCGAGCCUCUUCACAGGAAGCAUGCCGAGGCACCCACCAAUUGGAUAGCCACGCACUUCAGGAGGGACAAGACAUCUCUAGAUGCAUUCCCUGCCGGUAAGGCCUUGGACUCCUCAGUUUACGGUCUGUUGUCUAACCACGUGUAG